UCUGACCAUCAAUCUUCUUCUUCUUCUUCUUCAUGUCAUGCUGCUUCAACCGCUCUGUAAUUCUUAUAAAGAUGAACUUUCAAAUUCCAUCCCACCAUUUGUCGGCAAGUGUUCCCGCGUUGGCUGUUCCCCAAGCUUCAGACACAGUAUCGCUGCAAUCCUCAAUCCUUGCCGUGCUCGAAUCAUGCAAAUCCCCCUCAGAGAUCAAACAAGUCCAUGCCCUCGUCGUCAAAACCCCGCCGCUCCAGACCCAGCUCGUAUACAACGCCAUCAUUCAGGGCCUCUCGUCUUCCUUAGAGGCCGUGGCGAUUUAUCGAGAGAUGCUGUUGAAGGGCUUGUUUCCCAACGACUACACUCUCCCGUUCGUUCUCAAGGCGUGUGCUCAGGCACGCGCCUUGAGUGAAGUGGAACAAGUUCAUGCGCACGCUGUCAAGAGCGGACUGUUGGCUUCUAAUGUGUACGUGAGUAACACUCUGAUGAGGGCCUAUGCUGUCUGCGGGCUCAUGAGCGAUGUUCGUAAACUGUUUGAAGGAAGUCCUCGCAGAGAUGUAGUCUCAUGGACGACGUUGAUUCAGGCCUACGUCAAGAUGGGGUUACAGAAGGAAGGGGUCGGGGCAUUCUUCAAGAUGUGUGAGGCUGGUUUUGCUGCUGAUGAGCGGACGCUGGUGAUCGUGCUCUCUGCUUGUGCUAAAUUGGGUGACUUGAGCUUGGGAAGAAGGCUGCAAGCGUAUAUUCAGGAGAAUGGAGUAAAAAGAGAUGUUUUUGUGGGGAAUGCAUUGGUGGACAUGUUCUUGAAAUGCGGUGAUGCUGCGCUUGCUCACCAGGUUUUCAAGGACAUGCCCGUGAAAAAUGUGGUUUCUUGGAAUUCCGUGAUCCUGGGGCUAGCCCAGCAGGGAAAUUUUAAGGAGGCUCUGAGAGUUUUUAAGGAAAUGCAGAGGGUAGGCGUAAGGCCGGACGAUGUGACUUUAGUUGGUGUUCUAAAUUCCUGUGCGAAUCUGGGGUUGCUUGACUCAGGAAAGUGGGUCCACGCAUAUAUCGAUAAGCAUGACAUUAGAGCUGAUGGGUUCAUAGGGAAUGCUUUGAUCGAUAUGUAUUCAAAAUGUGGAAGCAUAGGCCAAGCCCUCAAUGUGUUCCAAGGGAUGAAACUCAGGGAUGUUUAUUCUUAUACUGCCAUUAUUGUCGGACUAGCUAUGCAUGGAGAAGCAAAAUGGGCUCUGGAUAUCUUCUCUGAUAUGUCUGAAACAGGAAUAGAGCCAGACCAAGUAACCUUUGUAGGUGUGCUUUCUGCGUGCAGUCAUGCAGGGCUUGUAGAGGAAGGGCGGAGACACUUUGAGAACAUGUCAAGCGUUUAUGGUUUAGAACCCCAACCGGAGCACUAUGGCUGCUUGGUCGAUCUUCUUGGCCGGGCUGGACUUUUUGCUGAGGCAGAAGAGAUUAUAAGAAGGAUGCCAAUGGAGCCCGAUGCCUUUGUGUGGGGCGCCUUACUCGGAGCCUGUCGAAUCUAUGGGAAAGUCGAGCUUGGUGAGCGUGCGAUGAAGAGGCUCCUGGAGAUUGAACCUGAGAGAGAGGGCGCAUAUAUACUGAUGUCCAAUAUGUAUUCCUCAGAAGGGAAAUGGAAGGAUGCCAUAAGGAUAAGAAAGUCAAUGAAAGAAAGGUACAUGAAGAAGGUUCCUGGGUGUAGUUCAAUUGAGCUCGACGGCAAGGUCCACGAGUUUAGGAAGGGAGAUAAGUCGCACCCCAAAAUGAAGGAGAUCUGGAAGUUUCUGGAGAAUCUUGCGAGUCACUUGAAAAGCUACGGGCAAGAAGACAUUUGAUCUUUGAGGUGUACAGAGCAAAUAUGGGAUCUUAAAACACACAUGGAAUCGAGAGAAAGCUAUCCAGGAUUGGAACUAGUUAAGAGAGGAGGAAGAAUUAAGGGAACAUCAACUUGAAACCGGUGCUCAAAAUUGUCAUAAUUCCCCGGGAAGAGAUCUAGCUUAUGCAAAAAAUGAUACAGAAAUAGCAAAUGAAUUCCGAUGAGAUCUACAAAAUUUUGUGGCACCAGCAGUUCUACGACUAGAUCGAACAUAAUUGGUCCGAUGAGAAUGUUGAAGCUGUUUCUUCCAAGGAAUGAAAAGAAACAUCACAGCUGAAGCUCGUAGUAAUACAUGUUGCCUUUUCCCUUGGUGUAUGUAUGUACAGUGUACUGUCUAUGUAUAAUUGAUGAAAUGCUCACCAUUCUAAUUUCUCGAUGA